CAAGCUUAUUGCUUUACGUCUCGCUCCAACGAAAGGUCUGUACGGCGACUGCCCACCUGCAAUCUCACUUAACGACGCUUAUUUGAACAGACUGCAUUUGGCUUGCGAUGAGUCGCACGUCAGGCAAGCACCCAUGCGUCCUUGCAGCAUACACAGCUGAGGAUGUUUUGGAACGCUCUGAUGGGUUACAGGGAUAAAGGGUCAAUUGGACAGAUCGAAGAGCACACCGGGAUCAUCCACUUGGACACUGUUGGAAAUUGACUGGUUAUGAGCACCACAGCUGUACUGUGUUUAUACUCCGGGACAUUAUUGUUACCCAAUGGAAUGCAGAAAAGACAGCGGAACUGCCGCAUUGAAUGGAGUUGGCUUGUUUAUUCUCUCAUUAACGGAUCGUACUAGCCGUGCAUUUCGCCACAACAGAUAACACAAUGCAUUUGAAGACAGCAGAUCUGUGACUGAAGUCUUAUUUAUCUGAACGCCGCAAAGUGCGUUCUCGUCAACGGAGGUAAUGUAAUCACAACCGCUCAUACACAUGUACAAUGUUUGGGUUUCUUGAACAGUUUUCCGGCGUUUUGAUCGGUGGUCGCUGUCCGUGGUCCUGAUCCACGCGGGAUGGUGGAGACGCUGAGCAUCGCGGUCAUCGGAGCGCCUGGAGUCGGGAAAACUUCUAUCAUCCGUCAGUUUAUUUACAAUGACUUCUCUGAAGCUUACACACCCACCCAAACGCGCUACGUGUACAGACCUUCUGUUAUUCUCAAUGGUGUCAUGUACGACCUUAAGAUUUUGGACGUCCCGCCAAUUUCCUCCUUUCCUUCAAGCCCGAGUCAGGAGUGGUUGGAUUUACGGUGUAGAGGAGUCCGCAGUGCAAACGCCUAUGUUCUGGUCUAUGACAUCUGCUGUGUAGAGAGCUUUGAGUACGUCAAGAUGAUCCGACAGCAAAUCAUGGAUAGCAGAGUGUCCAGCAAUAGUGAAGUACCCAUCCUGGUUGUGGGCAGUAAGAGGGACCUGCAGCGUCACAGGUUUACCCAGCGCAGGGCCGUGUCUGUCCUGGUGAAGAAGACCUGGAAGUGCGGUUAUGUCGAGUGUUCCGCCAAGUAUAACUGGCACGUGCUUCUGCUCUUCAAAGAGCUUCUGGGAAUCGCCGUGGCACGGGGACUGCGUCCAAACCACACCUCUAUCCGCCUGCAGGGGGCUUUGCAGAGGAACCGCUGUAAUGUCAUGUGACAGAUAUGUAGCCUUUUUGAAGCACCUCAUGGCAGAAGUCGAUUGCGCUAGUUUAUGCUUAUUUAGGACUUUCUGAUCUUAUUUAUGAUUUCAAAUGUCCAAGGUGGUCUUAAAUGAGCAUUUAAAAGUCAACUUUGCCGUAGUGCUGAACUUAUCACCAGGAAGAAUAUGGACAAACUGUCAAUCAAAACGGCUGGAAUAUUAACACCUUGGGGCCUGUAGGUUACUGAUGUGUAAAUGUGAUGGAUUACUUUAUCUACCACUGGUUUCACUUUUUCCGUUCUACUUCAACAAACAGGAAACAGAAAUCUCUGAAAAGGAACCAGAUGGAAUAUGGAGAUAUGGAAUUCUUCAUUUUACCAAAGUUUGUCAAGUCAAAAGUAAGAUUUUACUGGAUCAUCUGUUUAGAUUAUAAAUCAUUUUUCCUCCUCUCUUUCUCUACAUUCAGACAUUCUAUGUGUGAAGAUGUAUCACAGUAUGACAAAUUUAAACUGUUGCUUGGAUAGUUAGUAAAGUGGGCUACUAAGGGGCGCACUUAGGGUUUAAGAUAUAUUAAGUAUAUUGUUGAGUGCAAGUUUGUAAACCCGUUAGAAAUCUAUUGUCCUCUUCAGAUUGGAUUUUAAAAUACACAUUAUGACAUCAUAGUAUUUAAAAAUAAAUAGUCUCAAAUCGUUAUAAUCAUUUUAUUUAUUUAUUGAUCAUUUUGGCACAUUUGGCAGACGGUUCCUAUUAAAACAUUAAUAUUCUAAGAGCUCAUUGCCACAAAAUCUGCAAGUAUAAUACUGGAUUACUUUUUAAAAAGGUUCUGUGAAAUUCCCCAAAAUGUACACUGUUAAGGCCAUUGCACAUUGAGUUCCGAAACCUCAUGUUUUGUCAAUCAUAACACACUGCCUCCGUUAUUUUUGUACGCUAUAAACAAAUUCAGACUGGGUUCGAUUUUCUGCAUUUUUCGCAUCAGUAGCAAGCAUUUUUCGAGGCGUUUUGUCAUUUCAGAGACACCGUACAAACCAGCACGAAAUACAAAAAAAAGGCAUAGGAACAUUUCCGACUGUUUGUGCAAAGACCUUUAGAAUAACAAUUUUGAAAAACAAACAAAACUUUCACAUUUCCCUUGGUCCACAAUAUAUUCACCCAGUAGCUAUCCAAAAUGAGUAGCAAAUUCUUUGUAAUGAGCCCUUCUCAAUGUUUCACCUGCUGUAAAUGACCUUCCAUGCACAUCAGUAUUAGGUCUCAAAGUAUUUAUGAACUUUAAAGAUUCUCUAAGACAACCACAUAACGACCACCAGAUGCCCUGCUAAAUCAAGUUACCAUGGCAAACCUCCUACCUCCUAAAUGUACAUAGAAGCAACAAGGCACAAAAUAAAGUCUUCCUCUGGCAAGCUAGUGAGGUGUUAUGUACAUAUUUCAGCAAGCGUGUACUGUACAAUCACUAGCUGCUGGAAGCUGCGAGAAGUGAUGAUAGAGCUAGCAGACCUUUUUGGGUUUCCCGCAGAUUUUUGCUGAAGCAAGAACACGUACACGCAGAUGCAGAGGAGGUUAUCUCCUUUACCGCAGUGGACUGCAGUCUGUAAGACAGUGGGCGACAGAGACAUCCGCUUCUUCCCCUCUUAGAGCAUAUCUGAAUGCUGAAUACAUUAAAGCAGAAGUGCUUCAGCAUCUGCAGCGAUUUAGGUUGAUGUGCUAUCUUGUGCUCAUCUGGGACUAGUUUUUAAUGCUGCACUCUACUAAUGCAGAAAAUAGACUUUUACAAAUAAUAAUAAGCUUGAAAUGAAAUAAAAUAAUAUCCGUGGAGAAGUGCUGGUGUCUAAUUGGCUGGACAUGUGAUGUGUGUGAUAGCGCACAGCUAGAGCUGUCAUACGUUUUAGAUAGUUGGGUUUUGGCACAGGUUCAUUUGACCGAGAAAACUGAUGGUUGCAGACUGUGAUUACUGAGACAUGUCAUCACAAAAUCUUCUCUCUGCAUACUUCCAUAAACCACAUCCACCUAGACAGAUUUUCCAUGUCAUUAAAUGUUCAAAUAUUCUCACGGACAAAGUGUGGACAGGAAUACAUAAAGACAUUCAACUUUUUACACACAAAGCAUCUCUGACAGUUAUCUAUGCACUAGCCUGUUAUUGCUCAAAAGAGCUGCCAACAAAGAGAUCCUUAUUGAAAUUAGUAUCUUAUGUCAUCUUUUAGAUUUCCCUAUUUUUAUUGUUAAAAUAUUAAAUAGAAUUGAAUCGUGUCUUCUGUUUAAUGGAGCUGCAUGCUUUAAUUGGCAAAAUAAUUCAGGGGUAAAUUGCACUGAUGUUCCUGCUGUAUGUACAAGAACAUCCUUGAAUGAGUACAAGCAGAUCUUUGUAAUAGCAUUUUGUUUAUCAUUCAUAUUAUUUGUUUGUUAUUAUUUGUUUGUUAGUGUUAGAUAAGCAUAGAAUUUAGUCUAUGUGUACAUGCUGGAGAAAUGUUCAGGCUGGUAUAAAACUGCAGAGAAGGAAUUAUUUGCAUGCCAAACUGUGUUACUAUGGUUGUGGAUUGAGGAUUAGACAACAUGUAGCAAUGUCAUGUUCUUGUAACUUUUGGAUUGUGUUCUGUGGUGGUCAUGUUAAAGGUUUUUACCUGUAACAUUUCAGACAUGAAUAUGUUUUUCUUUAGCAGGAUUUUGUGUUUCAGUUUGUUAUAGAUGUUAAAGGGCUACUUGCUUUUUCUAA